CUCGAUACUCUGUGAAAAUGUCAAAUUUUGUCGUGUGUCUUGUCUAUAGUCUGUUUCUGUUGUCGAAUUUUAUGGCACCUACGAUGCAUUAUUUAGUCAAAACAUCUUAAAAUGUGUUGUUAAAUUAAACUAAACGUUGCAAUUUAACUUCAAAUGGCGGAUUUUGGAGUAAACACUUAAAAUAGGGGCCUUCAACAUAAUUGAUUGUUGUUUUGCAGUGUUUAUAAAGAUGUCGAAGAAUGGCGAAGUAUCGUCAAGUCAAGGGCCAAGUAGACCAAACGUGCCAAAACCAGAUUUAAAUUUAUUCACUUCAGAAAAACGCAAAAUGUUAGAUUUACAGCUUGGUGGACCAUCAGGUGAUGGGGCAGCAUUUAUGCCGUUCCCUUCAAAUCCACCGGGGCCGAAAGCGAGAGUCCCAGCGCGUACUAUCAGAGACGUUUUGCCUGACAAUACCAGAGACAGAUGUAGAAUUUAUCCUACAAUGCAGUCAUCAGGAAAGUUGCAAUUAUCAGCUACAGAAAUAUAUGAUUUUACUGCAGAUGACUUACAGGAUCUUGGUGAAAUUGGUAGAGGUGCCUUUGGUGCAGUAAAUAAAAUGGUUCACAGAAAAACCAACAGAGUGAUGGCUGUGAAGAGGAUUCGUUCCACAGUAGAUGAAAAGGAACAGAAGCAGUUGCUUAUGGAUCUUGAAGUUGUCAUGAAAAGUAAUGAAUGUGUCUACAUUGUACAGUUUUAUGGGGCACUAUUUAAGGAAGGUGAUUGUUGGAUAUGCAUGGAACUGAUGGACACAUCUCUAGACAAAUUUUACAAGUUCAUCUGUGAAAGGAUGCAGACUCGAAUACCUGAAACUAUUUUAGCUAAAAUUACUCUUGCAACAGUCAAAGCUUUAAAUUAUUUAAAGGAGAAGUUAAAAAUUAUUCAUCGGGAUGUAAAACCUUCUAACAUAUUAUUAGACAGAAGGGGGAACAUAAAACUAUGUGACUUUGGUAUAUCAGGUAAACUGGUGGACUCAAUAGCGCGGACUCGGGAUGCUGGAUGUAGACCCUACAUGGCACCAGAACGGAUUGACCCAGGUCGUGCAAGAGGAUAUGACGUGCGCUCUGACGUUUGGUCCCUUGGAAUAACAUUAAUGGAAGUGGCAACAGGAGCCUUUCCGUACCCCCGUUGGGGUUCAGUGUUUGAACAGUUACAACAAGUAGUACAAGGUGAUCCCCCGCGUCUCACCAACAAGAACAACUCAUUCUCAAACAACUUUGUACACUUUGUCAAUACUUGCCUCAUAAAAGAAGAAAAUCAGCGACCAAAAUACAACAGGCUAUUAGAGCAUCCAUUCAUUAAAGGUAUAGAGCAAAGUCGGGCUGACGUUGCGGCCUAUGUGUGUGAAAUCCUCGAUGCAAUGGAGAGGAACGGAGUUAGCCCAUUCACCACAGACCAGCCCGCGCAAGCAUGGGUUGACUAAUCACAGAUAGUGUAGACAUGGCUAGAAAUUAAUUCUAGACCUAGCCUAGUCCUAGAUAAAAACCAAACACAUAGAACACUUAUCAUAAUCAGCAAGUGAAUUAAUGAAGCAUUGGGCUACUAGAACCCCUGUUUCUCAAGCUUUAGCCAUGCAAACAGUAUUGUGGAAUAUAAUUUAUAUCCAUCUUGUCACAUUAAAGUAGAUGCACUUUAAUUUAGGUUUCAUAAAAACAAGAAAAUUUGUAAGUUCAACAUCGGCUUGCCUUAGUAAAAUCUUAGAGAAAGGGUUGAAUUUUGUGUCUAUUUUAUACUGUGAGAGUAUAAAAAUGGCAUAGUAUAAGGAAUACGCUAGAACAAGUAGGAAAAUUUUUGUAAUAUCUUCUGCAAUCCUUAUAGCACUAAAAGAUACGACAACUUUUAUAUUUUCUAAGUAAAUGUUGUCGGGUUC